CCAAGGCAACCCAACUGCAAACUGACCUGGCAAUCACAGCCACUGCAAACAUGUUGACAGUAUUGGCUCUGAUGACACUGCUGAUGGUCUCGGUUGAGUCGGACCUCUCAAAUGAAGAUUGGAAGUCUCUGAGUAACCCACAGAGCAGGACCCUGUUUUUCCGGAUCCUGCAGUCCUAUCUUGAAGGCAGAGAGAGUGAAGCUCGAGCGAUGAACAGGAAAACGAAUGUAAAGGAGAACAAAAACAGCAAUGUAGAAAAUACUGGUUAUGACAAGUAUGACCUCUUUCUUCACAAUGACAUUUAUGAUGUUUAGUUGAAGAUUUCAGUUUUAGUUUGACGAUGUUUAAUGUGUAAAUUGGGUGUUAGAUCUAAUAGCUUGAGAAAUGUUCAAGGCAUUGUAAUCAUGUGUAGUUUAGUACAAUUGAAACACUCUAUAUAUUUCUCUUCUAAUAUGCUAUAUAAUGUUUUACAAAGUUAAAAACUAGUUGAUAAAAGCUUAACAUGUCAUAGAUACUG